AUGGGUUGUAUCGGGACCAGCGACGAACAGCAGCGAUUACUGCAGCGAACAACUGACUCCCGCCGACCGCGUCUUCUAUCAAUCCACUCGGCGAUUCAGGUUUCCCGCCCUGCUGCCCAUCAUCUCGCGGAACACCGUGUCGUUUCAAAUCUCUUUAAUCCUAUUCAAAUUACUGCUAAUUUUAUCCGCAAUCUAUCUAUCUAUCUAUCUAUCUAUCUAUCUAUCUAUCUAUCUAUCUAUCUAUCUAUCUAUCUGCCUUUCUAUUUCUGCUUAUCUCUCUUUCUUUCUUUCUUUCUUUCUUUCUCAGUCUAUUCAGUAUCUAUCUAUCUACCUAUCUAUCUAUCUCUGUCUAUUCAGUAUCUAUCUAUCUCUCAGUCUAUUCAGUAUCUAUCUAUCUAUCUAUCUAUCUAUCUAUCUAUCUAUCUAUCUAUCUAUCUAUCUAUCUAUCUCUGUCUAUUCAGUGUCUAUCUAUCUAUCUCAGUCUAUUUAGUAUCUAUCUAUCUAUCUAUCUAUCUAUCUAUCUAUCUAUCUAUCUCUUAUCUAUCUAUCUAUCUAUCUAUCUAUCUAUCUCUGUCUAUUCAGUAUCUAUCUAUCUAUCUCAGUCUAUUUAGUAUCUAUCUAUCUAUCUAUCUAUCUCUGUCUAUUCAGUAUCUAUCUAUCUAUCUCAGUCUAUUUAGUAUCUAUCUAUCUAUCUAUCUCUGUCUAUUCAGUAUCUAUCUAUCUAUCUCAGUCUAUUUAGUAUCUAUCUAUCUAUCUAUCUAUCUAUCUAUCUCAUAUCUAUCUAUCUAUCUAUCUAUCUAUCUCUGUCUAUUCAGUAUCUAUCUAUCUAUCUCAGUCUAUUUAGUAUCUAUCUAUCUAUCUAUCUAUCUAUCUAUCUAUCUCAGUCUAUUCAGCAUCUAUCUAUCUAUCUCUUAUCCAUCUAUCCAUCUAUCCAUCUAUCUAUCUCUGUCUAUUCAGCAUCCAUCUAUCUAUCUCAGUCUAUUUAGUAUCCAUCUAUCCAUCUAUCUAUCCAUCUAUCCCAGUCUAUUCAGUAUCCAUCUAUCUAUCUCUUAUCCAUCUAUCUAUCCAUCCAUCCAUCUAUCUAUCCAUCUAUCUCUGUCUAUUCAGCAUCCAUCCAUCUAUCUCAGUCUAUUUAGCAUCUAUCUAUCUAUCUAUCUAUCUAUCUCUUAUCUAUCUAUCUAUCUAUCUAUCUAUCUAUCUAUCUAUUUAUCUCUGUCUAUUCAGUAUCUAUCUAUCUAUCUCAGUCUAUUUAGUAUCUAUCUAUCUAUCUAUCUAUCUAUCUAUCUCAGUCUAUUCAGUAUCUAUCUAUCUAUCUAUCUCUGUCUAUUCAGUAUCUAUCUAUCUCUCAGUCUAUUCAGUAUCUAUCUAUCUAUCUAUCUCUGUCUAUUCAGUAUCUAUCUAUCUAUCUCAGUCUAUUUAGUAUCUAUCUAUCUACCUAUCUAUCUAUCUAAGUCUAUUCAGUAUCUAUCUAUCUAUCUAUCUAUCUAUCUAUCUAUCUAUCUAUCUAUCUCUGUCUAUUCAGUGUCUAUCUAUCUAUCUCUGUCUAUUCAGUAUCUAUCUAUCUAUCUCAGUCUAUUCAGUAUCUAUUCUAUACCUAUCUGUUUAUUCAGUAUCUAUCUAUCUAUCUAUCUAUGCCUCUGUCUAUCAAAUGUUUCUUAA